CCACGUUCGCAACGCCGGCGAGCAUCCGUUGAGGGUGCUUGUGUCCAUCGCCGCCCUCCUUCAGCGACACUCGCACAGGGAGCCUCGUUGCCCCUGCCGCAACCCCCUAUACACGAGGCCGAUGAACUCAUCCCCUCGCCCUAUAUAACUGAAAGAAGUGCAACAGUUGUUUCAAGUCUCUUUCGUAUCCAUUUUUUUCAGUCCUACUAACAUAGCCACACCAUGUCUGACGACGGACAAGUACAAAGGGGAAAGGCCGGCAUUAGCUGGCCGGCUCAAGAACUAACCUCGGAUCCCAUUGCCAAAUUCUUCCAGUACGGCUCUAAACUCUCAUGGCACUGGAACUGGACCAAGCAUUGGAAGGGCCCUCUGGUGCCGGAGACCUCUGACGACCUUGAGAUUGACGCAGAAUUUGUGCCCAUGAUCUGGUCACCCCAAUCUUUAGAUGAUGGUUGCGACUUGCAAGAAGGAUGGAAUCUUCUCUUGGGUUUCAACGAGCCUGACCUCGACAACGAAGCUGUUGCAAGCCAUCGCUCUCCGCAGGAAGCUGCAGACGCGUGGAUCCAGCUGGCACAACUCCGUACCGAUCCAGACAACCAGCACCUCGUUUCCCCCGCUGUAGCAUCCAACGUGGAAUGGCUUAAAGAGUUCCUCUCCCUGAUUCCAGAAGACACUUAUCCCGCCUACUUGGCUGUGCACCUCUACACAACCACUUUUGAUGAUUUUGUCGGCAAGAUGGAGAUGUACCACAACGAGUUUGGAUUGCCUAUUAUCUUGACUGAAUUCUGCAUGCAGAGUUGGGACGAAGGUGUUCCAGGCCCAGAGGACCAGCAGCAAGUCCAUGAUUACAUGGGCCAAACAACAAAAUGGCUUGAUGAAACUGACUAUGUUAUUAAGUACUGUUGGUUUGGCGCUGUUCGUGAUACGGCGAACUUGCACGACGUCCACCCCUUCAACCGACUCAUGGAUGAAAACGGCGAGAUUACCCCAUUGGGUUUCCAAUACAUGUAUGGUGGGCAUGAGUAAGGAUGCCAGCACAGCUGUCGUGGAUCACACGGAUUCGGCAGGCACAGCAGUCUUGCGCCGCUUCAUCCAAUAUUUGUAGAUAUCGCUCAAAGUUAAAGGCGUUACCGUACUUUUCGUCAUGUACAUAUCAUCAAUCGACGA